GGAGAAGGCGCGUUCUGACGGCAUAUCGAGAUUAAGGCUUGCGCUUGUUACUCUAAUGGUCUUGGUCGUCCAUCUUUUUAGAGAAGGCAUUCUUUCUUCUACCUAGGAGAGACGUUUUCCAGGAGGAAAAGGUCUAUCUUCAGAAGCAUCGAUCUUGGAGAGGUUUUUUUGAAGGAGAAGCAAAAGGUCUACUCAGGAUGCAACGCUUCAGAAGAUCAUGGUGGAUCAAGGCAAGCCUGAGCUCUAAGAAGACCCUGGCCCCUGGGGUGGUGCAGCCGACGGCAUGUGGGGCUGCGGCGACCACAUACGCAGGGUUGUUUUCGACGACCGCUUUUUCAAGCAAGGGACGUCGUCUGUGGGACAACAACCUUCCGGUAACAAUUAAGGCUUCCCCUAAUGGUCCAUCUUCACAUAGUACAUCUUGGAAAACAAGCUGUUCCUUAAGGAGGGAGAUUUACCAAAAUGCAUCUCAGGAUGGACGAUAAGGGUGAGCUCUAAAAUACGCCUCCCCCAGGACAGGCUUUUGCGCAUCAACUGAAGGGCAUGGACUUGUUGGCUGAUGGCGUCCAAAAAAUGGACAGAUUGCAGGAAUUGGCAAUGGAUUUUGACUUUCCACUGAUAGCAGCUUUGUUGAUCUGGACCGAUCGCAACUACCGGAAAGUUUUGGAGAUGCAAAGAGCAGCAGCUGACGCUGCGAAAAACGCAUCGACGGCGACAGGCACAGGAGCAGCUGGCGAAGCUGCGACAGCCACGUCUGACUCAGGAGGACAAGGACAGUCCUCGGUUGAGUCCUCUAAUGCGGCAGUGGAGAAACCAAUGGGCACGAUUAUGGUGUUUCUACCAUCCUGGUUGGAUGCAGAAAAGUGUGCUGCCGUUUUGCGCAGCGAUCUCCCUCUUGAUCAUCGUGAUGGCGGAAGGGGAACAGCAAAUAGCGAGAGAACGGGCAGUAUCACGAAUGCCAUCACUUCCUCUUCAACAGCAGAGACCAGAUUCCGCAUACAUCAACUGACGGAGUAUUCUUCUGCAGUCGAAAUAGAAGCGAUCCGUGC